CGUGCAUAUAGCGCCUUGCUAAUGAACAUAUACGCGAGGUGAUAUAUACGACUAAUCAUCUGCCCUCGUUCUUGCAGACAUCCUUUCCUCAUCCCAACUCACAUCUUCUCUCGCUCUUGCUCUGCCAUUGUUUCUACUAUACCCCCUUCAGACUCCUCAAUAUCGUUGCCAUCAUGACAACCGCCGGCAACGUAACUUACCUCCCUUUCCGUUUCUGCACCGAUGUCACACCACAAUGUCCCGUCGAACACUCCAUCUACGGCUACUAUCCCUCGAUCGGCGCCAACGCCUUCUUCGUUGCAUUCUUCCUAAUGGCGGCCGCCCUCCAACUCUACGCGGGCAUCCGCUACAAGACAUGGACAUACCUCUUGGCCAUGUUUCUCGGCUCCAUUGACCAAGGCAUCGGCUACAUUGGCCGAGUCAUGCUCCACGCCAACCCCUUCAACACCGUCGGUUUCCAGAUCCAAAUCUGCUGCCUCAUCCUCGGCCCGGCAUUGAACUCUGCAGCCAUCUACCUCGUCCUUAAGCACGUAACGCUCUGCUUCGGUCCCGAAUACUCGCGCAUCCGACCGACCUUGUACACCUGGAUAUUUAUCACGGGCGACUUGGUAUCGCUGGUGAUCCAGGCCAUCGGAGGCGGCAUCGCAGCCACAUCCAUGGCCAACAAGCACCGUCAAGAAAUCGGCGAUCGCCUCAUGAUGGCCGGUAUCGCCUUCCAAGUCCUCACCCUCUCCUUCUUCGGCGUCGCUGCACUCAUCUACAUCAUCUCCAGGCGCCGCGCCCACGCCUCCUUCUCAGCCGAAGCAGCCAUUCUCCUCCGGAGCACCGAAUUCCGUCUCUUCACGCUGGGUUUCACUAUCGCAUUCACCGCCGUCUUCAUCCGGUGCGUCUACCGUAUCGUAGAGAUGGCCGGUGGCUGGGGCAAUCCCAUCAUGCAAAGUGAGAUUCCCUUCAUUGUUCUCGACGGUACCAUGGUUGCAAUCGCCACCCUCAUGCAGACCCUGUUCCAUCCUGGAUGGUGCUUCCCACGCCUGUCGAGCGCCUACGUCCCUCCAACGCCCACUAGCUCCGCAUCAGGCGCGCUCCAAACGGGAUCGGAGCUUCACAAACUUGACAAGAAGGACACCACUCGCGCCAGUAUGGAGGCAGUAUAGAUAUAAGGAAUUGAAGUUUGUCGGGGAUUAUCGUAUGCGUCUCAUUCCUAUAGCCCUUAUGGACCCGCCAUAGAUAGCGCUGGAGGAGUUAUGCUUAUACAACGCAGGCGUUUUCCAGAGUCAUAGUGCCAUUCUCUUCUUCUUUGGGGUUUCGAUGCAGUCAAUAAGUAACCUAUUGCAUCCUACCUCUAGAUAUUCAUCGAGACGGCCAUCACGACUAACGCUCUCGAUUGACAGGGUAUGCACCGUCGCACCCAUCAUACGACUUUCCCGAUAUGCAUGCCUCGCGCACGCCACCCCCGUCCUCGACUCCCUUCGCUCUCACGUUCGAGCCGUCCGCCGACUGCAUAUUCCGCCCCUCCGCUAUUCCGCUAUACACCCUCAUGUCGGACGCUAUACCUAUAACACAUGCCUCUUCUAACACCCCGAACAGGCUCCUGUUGGACGCUAUACACAGCAGCCUCGAGAUCAUGGCGCAAGGAUGACAUCACGUGAUAAGGCUGAGUCCUUACACUCACCUCACUUCACUUCAAUUCGAGGGCGGGAGGACAUUCUCAUUAUUCCAAUUAUGAAGUAAUCAUUCACCAUAUCAUUGGUGAUAUUCACCUCUCCAUACUAAUUUGUAUGGCUCUCUGAAUCCUCGCGAUAAAGCGCGGAGGCACACCGAACACACCCCACACCACGCACAACACCACACGGCCCUACUUGUCGCCGUCCUUGUUCUCCUCCUCCUUCUUCUUCGGCAUCGGCUUGGGGAUGCGACGCAACGCGUCGAUCUGCAUCUUCUCCAAGUCGUCUGCCCAGCCCUGCAUUCUGCCAAUCUCAAAUUGGCCUCGCCAUCCCGGCCUACCGCCGCUUGGCGCACCCGGGUCUGCCAACGACGCAACCAAGGCAUCGCUCUUGCCGAGCUGCUUGACCUCCUCGGUGGCCUUUAUCGCAGUGGGUCUCAUCUUCUGAGUACCCUUUGCGGCGGCGAUCGUCUCCGAGCGCAUGAUCUUCUGGUGCUCACGGGCGAGGAUCGCGCGACGGACGUGAGGCGGCUUGUCGGCGAUGCGGUCGAGCACGGCCUCCAAAUGGCGC